AUGUGGGGGUUGGGGGGGUUGUGGGUGGGGUGGGUUGUGGUGGGGGUGGUGGUGGUGGUGUGGGGGUGGGGGGUUUGGGGUGUGUGUGGUUGGUUUUGGGUGUGGGGUGGGGGUGUGGGUGGUUUGUGUUUGGGGUGGGGGGGGGGGGUUGGUUGGUUGUUGGGGUGGUUUUGGGGGUUGGGUGGUGUUUGGGUUUUUGGUGUGGUGUUGUUUGGGGGGGGUGGGGGGUGGGGGGUUGUUGGGUGGGGUGGUUUUUUGGGUGUUGGGUGGUUGUGUGGUGUUGUGGGUGGGGUGGGGGUGGGGGGGGGGGGGUGGGGUGGUGGUGGGGUGUGGGUGGGGGGGUGGGGUGGGGGGGGGGGGGGGGGGUGGGGGGUGGGGGGGGGUGGGGGGGUGGUUGGGGGGGGGUGUGUUUUGGGUUGGUUGUUGGGGUGUAUUGAAUGUUGGAUUGGGUUGGGGGGGUUGGGGGGUUGGGGGGUGGGGGUGGGUGGGGGUGUUGGGGGGGUGGGUGUUGGGGGGUUUUUGUGGGGGGGUGUGGGUGGGGGGGGUUGGGGGUGGGGGUGGGGGUUGUUGUGGUUUGGGGUGGGGGGGGGGGGGUUGGGGGGUGGGGGGGGGGUUUGGUGGGGGGGUGGUUGGGUGUUGGUGGGGGGGGGGGGGGGUGGUGUGUGGGUGUUGGGGUUUUUUUUUAGGGUGGGUGUGUUGGUGGGGUUUGGGGUUGUGUUGUUUGGGUUUGGGUGUGGUGGGGGUUGGUGUGGUGUGGGGGGGUGGGUGGGGGUGGGGUUGGGUUUGGGUGGGGUGGGGUGGGUUGGGGGGGGGGGGGGUGGUGGUUGGUGUUGGUGGUUGUGGGGGGGGUGUUUAAUGGGGGGUGGUGGGGGUUGGUGGGGGGGGGGGUUGGUGGGUGGGUGUGGUUGUUGGUUGGGGUUGGGGGGUUGGUUUGGGUGUGGGGGUUUGGGGUGGUUUUUGUUUGUGGGGGGGUGGGUGGUGUGGGGUGUGUUGUGGUGUGGUUGUGUGGUUGUGUUGGGGGGGGGGGGUUUGUGGGGGGGUGGGGUGGGUGUUGUUGGGUGGGGGUGGUGGGUGUGGUUUGGGGGGGGUGUGGGGGGUGGGGGGGUGUGUGUGUGGAGUGGGGGGUGGGGGGGGGGUGGGGGGGGGGUUGGUGGGGGGUGGUGUGGGUGUGGGUUUGGGGGGGGGGGGGUGGUGGUUUGGGGUGGGUGGGUUUUUUUUUGUUGGGUGGUGGUGUGGUGGGGGGUGGGGGGGUGGGUGGUUGGUUGGGGUGUGUGGGGGUGUGGGGGUGGUGGGUGGGGGGGUUGUAGGGGUGUGUGUGGUGGUGUGUUGGGGUUUUGGGGGGGGGGGGUGGGGUGGGGUUGGGGGUGGGGGUUGGGGGGUGGGGGGGGGGGGUUUGUUGGUUGUUGGGUGUGUUGGGUGGGGGGGUGUGGUGGGUGUUUGGGUUGUUGGGGUUUUUGGUGGGUGGGGGGGGGUGUGGUUUUGUGUUUUUGGGUGUGGUUUUUUGUUGUGUGGGGUGGGUGUGGGUGGUUGGGGUGGUGUGGUGGUUGUGUGGUGUGUGUUGGGGGGGGGGGGGGGGGUUUGUGGGGGGGGUGGGGUGGGUUUGUUGGGGUGGGGGGGGUGGUGUGGGGUGGUUGGGGGGGGGUGGGGGGUGGGGGGGGUUGGGGUUUGGGGGGGUGUGUUGUGGUGGGUGUGUGUUUUGGGGGUUGGGUGGUGGGUGUGUGUUGGGGGUGGGUUUGGUGUGUGGGUGGGUGGGGGGGGUGGUGGGGGGGUGUGUGGGUGGUGGGGGGGUGGGGUGGUGGGGGGGUGUGGGGUGGUGUGUGUUUGUGGGGGUUGGUGGGGGUGUGUGGGGGGGGGUUGGUGGGGGGGGGGGGGUGUUUUUGUGGGGUGGGGGGGGGGGGGGGGGGGGGGGGGGUUGGUGGGGGUGGUUGUGGGUGUGGGGUUUUUGGGGGGGGGGUGGGUUGGGGGGGGGGGGUGGGUGGGGGGGGGGUUGGGGGGUGGGGGUGGUUGGGGUGGGGUUGGUGUGGGUGGGGUGGGGGGGGGUGGGUGGGAGUGGUGUGGUGUGUGGGUGGUUGA